UGUUUGGUGGUUACAGGGAACAUUCCUCCACCACGAUGCUCCUCCUCUCCUCUCACUGUGUCAAAGCCCUCUGAAAACUCGCACUACCACUUUCCCGAGACAAGAGCCUUCUCUGUGUUGGCGGAAAACAACAUGGCAGACGUCGCCGUCCAAUCCGAGGGAAGAAGCAGCGGGAUUGUGAUCAACGAUGACUGGCCAGGCUACAGUUUAGACCUUUUCAACUAUCCAGCUCACUACUCCGGAGAUUUAGACUGUGUCAUCAUCCCACAUGGCGUGAUUAUGGACAGGACAGAACGCCUCGCACGAAACAUCAUGGACGACCUGGGGGACCACGACAUCGUGGUGCUGUGUGUUCUAAAAGGAGGCUACCAGUUCUGUGCAGACCUGGUGGACAGGAUCAAGGCUCUCAGCCGCAACUCCAACCACACGAUCCCCAUGAGGGUCCACUUCAUCCGUCUCAAGAGCUACCUGAACGACCAGUCGACAGAGGAUCUUCACAUAGUUGGAGCAGAGGACUUGUCUUUUUUAGCUGGAAAGAACGUACUGGUUGUGGAGGCCAUUGUGGGCACCGGAAAGACAAUGCAGACUCUCCUGAAGCAUGUUGAAGCCUUCAGGCCCAAAAUGAUUAAAGUUGCAGGACUGCUUGUGAAGAGAGUGCCACACAACUCACCCUGUCUUCCUGAUUAUGUCGGCUUUGAGAUACCCAAUCGUUUUGUGGUUGGAUAUGCCUUAGACUACAAUGAGUAUUUUAGAGACCUCAAUCAUAUCUGUGCCAUCAGCGAAAGUGGGAAGACGAAAUAUAAGAUUUAAAAGAGACGGCUGCAGAAAGAGGCGACUGUCACACAGAUGUCAUCUCACAGCGAGCCUGAACAUUUUCUUGGAGAUGCCACGCACUCACAGCUGCUAUCGUGACAUUUGAUCUCAAACAUCUCUUGUUUUGUUAUAACAUUCCUUCUCUGAAACAUUUUAUCCAUUUUAACACUAGACUGUGACAUUUAUCUGAUUUUAGCCAAGCAAGUACUUGCUUCACCUCGUUUAGUUGCAACUUCAUGUUUUUAGGUUUACAGCACUGAUUCACAUGGAAAAUGUUGCCAUGCCAUGGUACUGAUACUGUUUGCCUUAGUGUGUUUGUUUCUAAUGCAAAUGUCAUUUCAGUCUUAGUCGUUUUUGUAUGCAAAGAAGAACUUGAUAAUUGUGAAAUGUAUGAAUGUGAUAGUUUGUUUUUUAGGUCAGUAUGUGAUAAAGUAACAGAGGGAACUCAGUGGUGCUUUCUUUUAAAAUGAAAGGGAGUUGUGUUUUAUGAGGAAAUUAAUGAUACAAUUUUACAUUUUCUUCACUCGUACAUAGCCUCUUUGAUGUUUCAUUAGUUCUCCUGCUGUUAAUGCUCAGGUGCAAAGAAAGUAGAUCUCUAAACACUUAAGUGCAUUACCUACUACCUACCUCUUUUUGUUAGUUCAGUAUUUGAGGUGUAGUAGGGUACUCUGGUAAUUUCCUUUGUUAAUUUAACAUACAGUAAAGUAUUUUUAACAUUU